UGACUGGUUCAUGUGUUUGUGUGUGUGUGUGUCACCACUUUUUCUUCUGACAUUCAUUUGCAAAGCAGAAAGACGGAGCGCUUGGCUGGGGCUGCAAAGCCAAAUCACAAUUGCACCGAGAGAAAUGAAACUUCUUUCUGCAGCUUUUUGCCGAUUCCUUUAACAUCCAGUUUUGGAGAUUCUGCAUGCAAAACAUUUGGGAGGUCUUACUUUUUUAACAACAGCUUUCCAGAAAAGCAUCCUCUUGUUUCCAGCUGCGCUUUUCCUCCGGUCCUUUAUCCAUCCAUCUUUCUCUCUCUCUGGAGGCAGAACUCCAAAGUUUAGGAAUAUUUCUCACAGUUCAGCAGAAAAACUUCAGAAAAAAGAACGAAGGACUUGAAGUGACCCUGGCUCCUGUAAAAAUGGCUGAGGAGGUCCAGCUGGAUUCAAAUCUGCAGAUUCCUGGUGGGAGUUUAUCCAUUCCAUCUUCGCCGGCCACAGCCAGGAACGACUGCAGCAUCACGCCGCUCACGCCCUCGCCUUCACCGAGGGUGGAGGUCAGACCCAGGAUGGCUUGUCCCUUCUCUGUCGUCAUCGCCAUAGACUUUGGGACGACCUCCAGCGGCUACGCGUUCAGCUUCACGCAGGACUCUGAAGCCAUACAUAUGAUGAAACGCUGGGAGGGCGGCGACCCCGGAGUGGCCAAUCAGAAGAGCCCGACAUGUUUGCUGCUGACUCCUGAUUUGCGUUUCCACAGUUUUGGGUUUGCAGCACGGGAUUUCUACCAUGACUUAGACCCAGAAGAGGCCCAGCACUGGCUCUACUUUGACAAAUUUAAAAUGAAAAUCCACAGCACCAGUGACCUGACGAUGGAGACGGAGCUGGAGGCUGUUAACGGUCGGAAGGUCCGGGCCAUCGAGGUGUUUGCACAUGCCCUGCGCUUCUUCAGAGAACACGCUCUGAAGGAGGUGAAGGACCAGUCGUCUUCGGUGCUGGAAGGAGAGGAUAUCAGAUGGGUGAUCACCGUCCCAGCUGUGUGGAGGCAACCGGCCAAGCAGUUCAUGAGAGAGGCGGCGUACCUGGCUGGACUGGUGUCUCCCGACUGCCCUGAGCAGCUCCUUAUCGCCCUGGAGCCCGAGGCCGCCUCCAUCUACUGUCGGAAACUCCGGCUGCACCAGGUGAUCGACCUGAGCCUGCAGCCAAUCACAAACGGCCUAGACCUGGACGGGACCCGGCCCUUCGACUCCAGCUUCAGACAAGCGCGGGAGCAGCUGAGGCGAUCCAGACACAGCAGGACCUUUCUGGUGGAGAGUGGAACCGGAGAGCUGUGGUCCGAGCUGCAGACCGGUGACAGGUACGUUGUUGCAGACUGUGGAGGAGGAACGGUUGACCUGACGGUUCAUCAGAUUGAGCAGCCGCAGGGAACACUUAAAGAGCUCUACAAAGCCUCAGGUGGUCCGUACGGUGCAGUCGGGGUCGAUCUGGCCUUCGAAGCCAUGUUGUGCCAGAUCUUCGGCGAGGACUUCAUUCAGAGCUUCAAAGCCAAGCGGCCGGCGGCCUGGGUGGACCUCAUGAUUGCGUUCGAGGCGAGGAAACGAACCGCGUCGCCAGGAAGAGCAAACGCCCUGAAUAUCUCCCUGCCCUUCUCUUUCAUCGACUUCUACAAGAGACACAGAGGGCAGAGUGUGGAGGCCGCCCUGAGGAGGAGCAACAUGAACAUCGUGAAGUGGUCGUCUCAGGGAAUGCUGCGGCUGACCCAGGAAGCAAUGAAUGAACUCUUCCAGCCGACCAUCAGCAACAUAGUCAGACAUAUAGAGGAGUUGAUGGGGAAGCCGGAGGUGCGCUGUAUACGCUUCCUGUUCCUGGUUGGUGGUUUUGCAGAGUCGUCGAUGUUGCAGAAAGCAGUCCAGAAGGCACUGGGAAGGACCUGCCGGAUCAUCAUCCCCCAUGAUGUCGGCCUCACCAUCCUGAAGGGUGCCGUUCUCUUCGGACUGGAUCCCACUGUGGUCAGAGUACGACGUUGCCCUGUGACCUACGGGGUCGGCGUCCUGAACCGGUUCGUUGAGGGACGGCACCCUCGGGAUAAGCUCCUCAUCAAAGAUGGCCGCGAGUGGUGCACGGACAUCUUCGAUCGCUUCGUGUCCAUCGACCAGUCUGUGGCGCUGGGAGAGGUCGUUCGACGAAGCUACACACCCGCUCGGGUGGGGCAGCGGAAGAUCAUCAUCAACAUCUACUGCAGCGCCACAGAUGACGUCACCUACAUCUCCGACCCCGGCGUCCGGAAGUGCGGGACAAUAACCUUAGACUUACCGGAACCACUGGUGCCACCUGGGGCGGUGGGAGGACCAGAAGCAGGAGCGAUGAUAGAAAGCCCAGAAAGGAGAGAGAUCAGAGCCACCAUGCAGUUUGGAGAUACGGAGAUCAAAGUCACGGCUAUUGAUGUCAUGUCUAACAGGUCUGUCCGGGCUUCCAUAGACUUCCUGUCCAACUAAGGUGGAGUAGCUUAAAGAGACAUGAAAACAACCAAAACUGAUUAAAUUCAGACAUUAUGGAUCUUGAUGUUCAAUCAAUAUUAAAUGCUUUCUCGGACUCUCCCUGAGUUUAUCCAUCCAGCCCUCCAGAGAAGUUUUGAUUUCUGUGCAUUUUCUGCACAGAAACUCUUCAAAGAAACAAAACACCCCCUAAGACACAGGAUGCUGGAACAAACUUACCCUUCAGUAUAAGGAUUUCAAGCUAAGACUGAAUCACUUAAAGACAUCAUAAAGUAUACUACCUAGAGUGAAAAUAACUCUUGUUUAUUUUAUCCUGAUAUGAUACUCAAUACCUCAUUUAAAUUCUAUCAUAAAACCUGUUUGGACUCGUAUUGUUUCUCUAACAACGUAGUGUUCCAUCUAGUGGUAAGAUGACAUAACUACAAGUUGGAAAAGAACAUUAAGGAUUGUGGCAUUAUAGCAUUUUAAACUUUUACAGUGUCAUAUGAGUGCUACUGUGUUGAAUAUAUUUACUCAGACUUGAUUUGUUUAAACCGAAUGGAAGCAGUAUAAAAAGGGCCUAUAACGUUUCCAUGUUUUACAACAUAGUAAGAAAGUUUUUAAAAAUGUUAUAUAAAAACUGUCAAUACAGCUAGCAUUGGGCAUCCCUUGAAGGUUGGUUUGCUAACGUUUGCUAAAUGUCAGAAUGAAACACGAUGGACGAACGUUGGCUGGAGGUCGAACGUUUGCUGAACGUCCGCAGACAACGUUCUACGUCACACAGACGUUCAGACAAUUUCAGAGAUACAAACGUUUCUAAGAGAAAUAUUGCAAUUCUGUAAAAAAAAAAAAAAAAAACUGUGAUCACUAUAAGGGUUAAAAAGACACAAAAAAUAACAAUUACAAAAAUUACAGCAAAAAAAUAAACAAAUAAAUAAAAAUCAACGUUUGGAUAACGUCAUGUCCGAACAUUCGACAUUGAACAUUAGCUUUUUUAGCUAGGUCAAAAAUAAAGCUUAAAUGUAUGAAAGAUGACUAAGUUGUUUCUUGUAGUCGGUGGCCAGGUUUUAUAAGUUUCAAGAGGGAUUUUAGGCCAUUCUUCUGUACAGAAACUCUUUUGCUCAUUUGUUUUCUGUAGGCUUGGGAUAUGUAGUCUGGGUUAGCCUAUCCAUGACAAAAUGAUUCUUCUUUAGACACUACGCUGGAAAACCCAUUCAUUUUCAGAUAAUGGCAUUUAUUUGAGCAUAUACUCCAGUUAAAGAUAAAUUAGUUACUAAAUUAAAUUUCAAUCAGUUCGUCACAAUUAUUGCGAUUAAUCAUUUUAGCCCCUAAUACCUUGAGAAGCUUACAAAGCCAUGAGUUCAUUUGCAAAUACUUUAACUAGGGUGACCAGACGUCCUCUUUUUCCCGGACAUGUCCUACUUUUCAGACCUAAAAAAAAUGUCCGGGGGGAAUUUCAAAAUCGUCCGGGAUUUUGGUGAACUGCCUCAAAACACAUUAGUGUUACCUCCCCCCGUUGGCGCAUGUUUGUACGCCGAUUUUUACCCCCCCCCCUCCAGAUUUUUCAUUUGAGCCCUAUGUGGUUCCGAGAGCAAGUUUGGGGUCUAAAGGAAGAUGCAUUGUGAUCAGAACCACCUCAGUCGACUACAUUAAAAAAGGGGAAGAAGCUUUAUACCUACGCUGCUCAUUAUUUAAAAUACUAAUACUACUAAAAUAAAUCUGUAGUGUUUAAAACCACUUUGAACAUGAACACUAGGAAUGAAUUUUUGAUUUCAGCCGUGAAUUUAUUGAUAACAAUGGUCCAAUAAAUAGCUUCACAUAGAUGGUUUCAGAACUGCUCAACAUCCUUUCAGUGCUUUUUUCACCCCCCACAUGAAACAACAGCUUUCCUUAUUAACAAAACAAGGCUAAAGGUUACAGACUCCAUCAGGUCACAGAGGAAAGACCAGCCCGUUUCAGAGAAAUAAAAAAAGAUAAACAGCUGCUGUCAUUCUGCUAGUACUGGCUACAGGAAGAAAAUAUGAAAUGCUUUAGUUGGCUGGUCAGAAACUACAAGACAAGAGAGGAGAGAU